GGCCACCGUCGGCACGGUAUCGUACCCGCGUACAGUUGCACUUACACUCACGUAGACUACACUCAGCCAAUCGAACCAGUACAGACAUGACCGAUUCAGCAGCAGCUCCAGUGCCGGCAACACCGGCAGCCGCAAAAUCGCCCGUCAAGAAGAAGGCGCCGGCAGCCAAGGCAAAGAAGCCCGCCGCGUCUCACCCGACCACGGCCGUCAUGGUCACGUCGGCCAUCAAGAACCUGAAGGAGAAAAAGGGAUCGUCGUUGCCCGCCAUCAAGAAAUACUUGGCCGCCAACUACAAGGUGGACGCUGCCAAAUUGGCUCCGUUCAUCAGGAAAUUCCUGAAGGCCGCCGUCGCCAAGGGUACGCUGGUGCAGACCAACGGAUCCGGUGCUUCCGGGCAUUUCAAAUUGGCAGCCGAAGCCAAGGCCGUGAAGAAAGCGGUGCCCAAGAAGAAGCCGGCAGCCAAAAAAACCGCCCCGGGAACGCCCGGCAAAAAGAGGAAGUCCGCGCCCAAGAAAGCCAAGUCCUCCUCCGAACCGGCCGCCAAGAAAGCCAAGACCGCGUCCGCUGUCAAACCCAAAGCGGCCAAGCCGAAGAAGUCCCCGGCCAAGGCGAAGAAAGCGCCAGCCACCAAGGCCAAGCCUCCAAAGGCAAAAAAGACUCCGGUCAAGAAGGCGGCCGCCCCCAAGAAGAAGUAAAUUUUUCUCGAACCAUUCUCCACUAAAACGGUCCUUUUCAGGA